CCCCUCCUCUCUUGGCGUUAGUUUGCACAAUCAGUUAUUAGAGCAGAAUUACAAAAACGUGCGUUAGCUUGAUCGAUUGCCCACCAAACCAUUUGGCGGAGCAAACCGAUCAAGGGUUAGUUCAGGGUAAGUGCUUCAAACGUCAACUUUCUCGCGGGCCGAGAAAAGCAGUAAACAGAAAGAAGUCAAUCAAGAGACAUUUGUCGAAGCAUGACGUAGCAGUUUCCAUUUCAAGUGGGGCUUCCAUGGGAACGAAGACGUAUUUCGAAUGUAACCGUUGGCAACCAGAAGAAAUUUAAAGUUUCACAAAUCCGUGACGAGGGACUCGUCUUUUCUCUGUGUUUUAUUCCUGCCUGAUCGUGCAGUCCGUUUCUGCUAUCAAACUGCAAUGUCUUCCCUCGUUACAGCUGUGAUAGACUCAUGCAUCGGUGCACUGAUUAGCAAAGGUCGCACCCUAGCAGCAGAAAAACUGAAUCAUGGCGACGUUGUAGAUGCUCAACUACGCCAGCUUAUCAUUAAAGAUACGGACGACAUCAAGUCGAAGUUGGACGGAAUAAUAUCGUCACACCUGAAGGCCAGUAUAACCCAUUUCGAUAACGGAGUUAUUUCCCUUGGCAGGGUUCUGGACAAAAACAUAGUCGGCAGGGAAGCUGUUGAGAGGAAAGAAGUUAGACUGACUGAGGUAGUCGGAACGAACAAGGCAAUCAAAGUGAAAGAAAACAGCAUUGUUUCUUUGGCGAAAAGCAUAAAAAACUUGCACGCCGUCGAUUUAAAUAAAGACGCAAAGAAGGCCAUUAAAAAAGCCCGAGGGAGUUUCCAACUUGCCCGUGAAAAAGCAAUUGACGCCUUUUCCAACGACAGCCAGAGCACUGUUACACGCCUGGUUGCCAUGGCGAUUCGUAUUAUGUCGACUUUCUUAGAGGAAGCGGACGACCCGGCAAGCUCUAUAGACUUACUGAGAUCGUGUCUUGUAGACCUUCACUCGAUGCCUGAAGUCAAGAAGAUUUUCAAAGUAAAGCUAAGUAAAAGUUUAAAGUCGAAGGUUGCCAACAAUGAAAGAAAUGGAAUUGUUGCUUCCGUCUGUCGAAUGAAUCGCAAUAUUUACGAUCUAAUGUGUGAGUUCGUAGAAGAUGGAAGUAAGUCCGGACAACUGUUGAUGUGGCCAUGUGUUGAAAUUGAUAGAGAAAAAAUUGACCUUCUGCGCGAUGCAAGAAUUGCUGGAGACCUUCGUAAGAUGGGAAUGGAGCAGAUUAGUAUGGAGCCUUGGUUGUUGGGUCAGGAAGGUGAAGAAGAACAAAGAUUGAAAUCGAUAAGAGGUAUCGCCGGAAAUACGAAAGGACAAUUUAUAGUUGGAGAAAAAGAUAAAGUGAAAGUGUUUGACAAAAGUGGCAAGGUUUCCUCAUCUUUCACUUUUCCCGAGGAGUGGAAAAAUACUGAGAUUAGAGAUUUAGCAACUGAUCAGGCCAACAACGUGUAUCUUCUAACCAGCCAAAACAGCAACGAACCCUCUGGAGGAUCUGUUUAUAUUUUUGACAAAGAGGCAAAAAUGCAUCACAGCUUUGAAACGAGGUCAGAAAAUGUAGUCCAUUCAGUGAUGGUGGACAGCAGUGGCAACAUUUUGGUGUCAUUGAUUAAGAUGAAGUAUGUUCGAAACUGGCCAAUCAAUUACGAUAAAAAACGCAAGCUAUUCAAGAACGAGGGUCCUAACUUCAAACUCACAGCUGUUGCAUUCAUAUUGGAUGUAUACGAAAAUGGUAAGAAGAAUAAUCGCAGUAUUACUGUUGCAUGCCUUGAUCCGAGUUCUUGUCUUUGUACAAUUAUUGAAGGACGUGUUAUCGUAUUAGACCCCAAAGAUUACACCCUUCACAUAUUUGGCAUCACGGAAUACUAUCAGCGUGAAAAGGAACUGGUUCAACUGAAAGCACAAGGUGUUGUCCAUGGUAUGGAAUUUCAUCAGCCUAGUGAACAGUUAUGCAUCCUCUCAGAAGGCAAAGAUUCCGCCCUUCGUGUCUCGCUCUACAGCAAAGAUGGCGAAUACAGCCGCACAAUUCUUCUAGAUGUUUUCUUUGCCUCUGAGCUCAAUUACAAACCGAAAUUUGCAGUGACCAACGACGGACACUUUCUAUUAGGGCCUCUAAGAACGGACGAAGGUUUCAAUGCAGUUGCAUACGUUAUUUAAAUGAGGAGGUUAAUACGUUUUACCCUGUAUGAGUGAAAUGUUUAGCGUUUCAUUUCAUAGUGUUCAUUUGAGGAAAUGGCUGAUUAUUCUUUUCUAUAUGCAACAUUUUACACAAAAGCAAGAGAAGUGGUUUGCCAUUUUUAUCGAUGCAACAACAUUUUCAAUGAUUCUCUGAGGUGAUCAUUUACUAUAGAACUUACUAAUGUGACCGUGUAAGAAUUAGGUGUUUGGUCAUACCCUUCUAUGUGAGACAAGAUAGAAUUUUCUUCCUGUAAGGGUUUGGAUCAAAGCAGUCAAAUCAUUUGUAAAACAAAUACCAAUGUUGGUCGUCGACUUAUUGUAAAAAUAACGCUUUAAAUUUGAAUUUUCUGAAACAUUUUUUGGUGUCCCUUCCUCAGUUAAUGUAGGCUAGCGCUGUCGUCUCCAAAUGCAGAGCAUUAGUCAGAAUAAAAGGAGAAUUGUUAGGCUCAUUAGGAUCAACCUCUCAAGUACCUCAAGUAAUUAUGUCGAUGAAGGUUAUAUACCAUACAUGCUAAUAUUGUGUGUUACUUUAUAUUCCGUUUAUACAUUUUUUUCAAAUCUAUUUUGUAACAUCUUCAGCUUGCGUUAUAUUUUUAGAACCCCCGAAACCGUUAUGUUAGGUUGCUCGGUAUAUGCCGUGGUUCUGGCACAAAAACAAAUACAAAAUAACUGUGAUUUGCUGUGAUGUAACACUGUUUGGGGUAU